UUCAUAUCAAAAUUCAACUACACUUGGUAUUGUUCAUCUUAUUGAUCUUUACAGAACACAACACUGCUUGAGAGAUCUCUUUCUCUCUCAAGUCUCCACCACCACUAUGCCAACUUAUUACCAGCAGCACCACCGUGCUACUCCUUUACUUUCUUCUUCUUCGCAAUCUUCGUUCACUUCGAGGCUACUUUUACUUCUCACUGUCCUUCCUCUUUCUCUCGCUUUGUUGGCUUUCUUUCUCCAAUGGAAAGGCGACGCCGGCCUUACUGAUCCGGCAACCGCUACUUCAACCGUCUCGCGCUGGGCUCCUCAUGGCUCCCACCUCCAAAACCAUGAGGUGUUUCCUGGUAUGGAGUCCUCUUCUCUGUCGCCCAAAGCUCAGCAUUUCUCGCGCUCCGAUUGUACUAAACUUAUACGGAGCUCUUCGCCUUCUUUUCCUUAUUACCGAGACUGGAAGUUUGACUUUGACUCCGAUUUGAAGCCAAAGAUAUGUAUUACAACAAGUACAUCAGCUGGCUUGGAGCAGAUUCUGCCAUGGAUGUUCUAUCACAAGGUCAUUGGAGUGACAACCUUUUUCCUUUUUGUGGAAGGAAAGGCUGCAUCUCCUGAUGUGUCUAAAGUUCUGGAAUCUAUUCCAGGAGUGAAAGUGAUUUACAGAACAAAAGAGCUAGAGGAGCAACAGGCUAGAAGCCGUAUCUGGAAUGAGACAUGGCUAUCAAGUUUCUUUUACAAACCCUGCAAUUAUGAGCUGUUUGUGAAGCAAUCUCUCAAUAUGGAAAUGGCUAUUGUUAUGGCAAGGGAUGCUGGCAUGGAUUGGAUACUUCAUCUUGACACGGACGAAUUAAUACAUCCAGCUGGUGCUCGUGAGUAUUCUUUGAGGCAAUUGCUUCUUGAUGUGCCUGGAAAUGUGGAUAUGGUUAUAUUUCCAAAUUAUGAGAGCAGUGUUGAACGAGACGACAUCACUGAUCCUUUCAGCGAGGUAUCAAUGUUCAAGAGGAACUAUGACCAUCUUCUAAAGGAUACAUACUUUGGCAUGUAUAAAGAAGCUACUCGGGGAAACCCAAACUACUUCCUGACUUAUGGAAACGGAAAAUCAGUUGCUCGAAUUCGUGAUCAUCUUCGUCCUAACGGUGCACAUAGGUGGCACAAUUAUAUGAAAACCCCAAAUGAGAUUAAAUUGGAGGAGGCUGCUGUUCUACACUAUACGUACGCCAAAUUUUCUGACCUGACAUCCAGACGUGAUAGGUGUGGCUGCAAGCCUACAAAGGAGGAUGUCAAAAGAUGCUUUAUGUUGGAAUUUGAUAGAUCUGCAUUUAUAAUUGCUUCAACUGCAACUGAGGAGGAAAUGAUAAAUUGGUACCAUGAGCAUGUUGUGUGGGGUGACAAGGACCUGAAGUUGAAACUCCUUAGGAAGGGAAUUCUAACUCGUGUAUAUGCUCCCAUGGCCAUAAUACAAGGUUUGAGGGAGUCAGGUGUCUUCACCUCUGUUAUUAAAUCUGCCCAGACAACCAUUUCAAAGGACAAGUUUUUGAAAUCCAUUGAUAGUAGUAACUCAUCAAGAGCUGUUGCCUCUGAAUCGGACCCCUCGAGAAAGGUUGGUAGAAGCAAAGAGUACCAGGCAACUGUUCGGAAGGUAUUGGAUAUUGAAGUCGAGUCUUAUGAAGCAGCUGUUCCACCAUUGUCUCCCCCAGGAUUUAAUGAUGACCAUCUGAUGGACAUGUGAUAGAUUUCCUGGCUUGAUUGCUUAUUUUUCUCCUUCCUGUUUUGAAUGGCCAAAUUUAACUAAAUACCUAUUGAAGGGAGGAAUCAGGAGAGAAAAGGAUGAGCAAAUGGGUUAUUGUUGUGGUAUAUCUGUCCUUGGUUCAAUUGGUUCUUCCCGAUCUUUCACCAAGCGCUGCUGGACAUUCUGAGGAGAGAAUUAUAUUGGUCUUUCUGGUCAUGGCAAGUUGAUUUUGCCAAUAGAGUUUUUGGCCUUGAAUUCUCAUGUAUAGAGACCACAUUUUUACAGUCGAAGAUAUUAUCAUUGUAUUUUGACUAGUUGUGUGAGAACGAAAGAAAUUAUAUAUUUAUUAUUUUCAUGCAUAAAUUGCAAAUCA